AUGAUCACCAACAUCCAUAUUCCAGGCCUUGCAGGCGCCAAUGCCUUCACACGCCCUCUCAACAAGGAAGACGUAGAUAUCUGCGUAAACGUCGAACAAGCCUUCACAGAAGCAGAGCGAUGUUCGAAGGAGAAGUUCUGUUACCGACUCAACGCAUGUCCCGAGCUGUGUCUGGGCCUCUUCAUUGAGAACGAAGAUGGAACACCAGCUACGAUGAUUGGACAUGUGAUUGCUAUCAGAUCACCAUAUACCCGUGUGACAGACGGGUCCAUGGAGAUGCCCGAGAAUUGGCGUUCGUUGCCGGAUGAUGAGCCGGUUUAUGUGAACGAGGAGUUGAUUGGAAAUCACAAGUAUGGUGAUACUGUUGCCAUUCAUUCUGUGGCUAUUUCACCCGAUUUCCAGGGGAAGAGAGUUGGGAGGUCUUUAGUGAAGGCCUAUACGGAGUAUCUGGAGAGUGGAUGCUUUGGGGCCAGUAGGGCUGUGCUCAUAGCGCAUGAUUACUUGGUCAACUUUUAUGAAAGUGUUGGAUUCAAGAAUCGGGGCCAAAGCAAGUCGACGUUUGCCGGAGGGGUGUGGUUUGAUAUGGUACAGUUCUUCCCUGGUCUCAAUUCGUGGUGA